AUGUUUGCAGUUCGUCUGUGCGAUUAUGGAGCCUAUAAUGGCGGGUCAAAGGACUUUUACAAGCUCACGGAGGAGAAGCUGGGUGCGGGUGCGUAUGCGAGUGUGCAAACUUGUGUGUCAAUCGCAUCUGGGAAGGAGUACGCUGUGAAGGUUGUUGACAAGAACGAAGAGUCGCAUACCAGAUCGCGAAUUUUAAGAGAGGUGAAUACGUUCAAGAUGUGCAAAAACCAACCGAAUAUUGUCCAGCUGAUUGAAUGGUUCGAAGACGAUGCAAACUUUUACAUGGUUUUCGAAAAAAUGAGAGGGGGACCUUUACUUGAACAUAUCAUCCGAAAGGGUUAUUUUACCGAAGAAGAGGCCCGCCGUGUUACCGUGGACAUUGCUACCGCCCUCAAGUUCCUCCACGACCGAGGAAUAGCACAUCGCGACGUGAAGCCGGAGAACAUCCUGUGCACAGAGCCUGACCGUGUGAGUCCCGUGAAGUUGUGUGAUCUGGACUUGGCCAGUCGUCCUGUGAAAGGCCACUCCCCACCCAGAAUGCCACAAAUUAAUUCCGAACCGGAUUUGGCGUCUCCAGUUGGAAGCGCCGAGUUUAUGGCUCCGGAAGUAGUUGAUGCAUUUGUAAACGAUGCUCUACGGUACGACAAGCGGUGUGAUAUGUGGUCACUGGGAGUAAUCCUGUACAUCAUGCUUUGCGGUUAUGCUCCAUUCCAGGGAGAAUGCGAUGAUGAGGACUGCGGUUGGUCUGAAGGUCAGCCAUGCGAUGAUUGCCAGCAGGAGCUGUUUCGUCGCAUUCAGUGUGGUGAAUACGACUUUCCAGCAGAAGAAUGGAGCAUGAUCAGUGCCGAAGCUAAGCACCUUGUUAGCAGUCUAUUAGUAAAAAAUGUGAGUGAGAGGCUCACUGCCAAUGAAGUGCUCGAUCACCCUUGGGUCAAGCAGAGUGCGCCAAGCACCAUCCUUCAAACUCCGAGCAACCUGUUUAGAAUUGAUUCUGCUCGGGAUGUCCAACAGAUGAGUGAGCAUUUUAAUGUGAUGAACCGUUUUGUCGCAGCUCGUCUAAGUUCUCGUCUCGAAAAGAUCGCAAUCAAUGAGGAUGAUAAGGAAAGCACAACUGAUUCGAUCAGUAGUGCAAGUCCCACAGAGGCACCGCCUAACCAGUUUGGCACUAGCGACCACAAGGCACUUCCACUGUUUAUGGUGCCUCCAGAGGCAUUCGUAGAUGCGUUUAGU